AUGUCGGAAUUAACGAGUGAAGCGAAUGAAGAGCAAUCUACGGCAACUGAAAACGAUGGACCAGAAAUUUUCUUGGAUGGUUUGGAAAGUGUUGAUUGGACACAAUGUGAUCAAGAAACUGAAGAUUUACGACGAGCAAAGUAUGCUCAAGAACAUGCAGAUAUUGUUCCAGUCGAAACAGAAGAAGAGCAACGUCACCGACAAGAAUUUUUGGAGCAAAAUCGGCAAACAAAAAUGGACGUGAGUUGUGAAUUCUGCGGAGCAAUUCAUUUCAAAGGCGAAAUGGAAUGCCCAGAAUUGCUUCAAAUGUUAUUUACCAACUGCCAUCCUAAAUCUGCAAGUUUCAUCAAAGAUGCCCGAAAGUACAACAAUGCUCUCGCAUUUGCAUCACUGGGAGCAUCCAUUGACAAUCUACGAGGAAGAGGACCAUAUUGUUACAAGAUUCAUGGGCAACUUUACCACAAUACAACUGCUGUUCAAUUCUAUGAUGAAGAAACAUCCGUUCCUCCCGCUCUCAAGUACGCGCAACUAUAUUUCCUGGAUUCUGCUCAAGCGAACGAACAACGAUUAAAUAAUCCAGCAAACAGAAGCUGUGAUAGUGCUCUCAUGGAACAACUAGAUGCUCUCAUUCGUCGUGUUAAUCCAUAUGCUGUCAUGUACAAAAACAUGCGUCAAGUGGCUAUGGAAGAGGACCGUCAAGCAGCAGUUGAAGGUAGGGCUCCGUUAGUGAUUUCGAUGGUUAUUCAUAACGAUCGAAGAACACAGGAUGAAAGAAGAUACAAUAGCCCUGCAGGAGAAGAAAUUGCGGUUGUGUUUAAAAGCAUUGAUGGAGCACCCCCUGAAAACAGGGAUGUCCGAGGGCAUCUAUUAAUUCCACGGAGAGGAAAAGUUUUCAUUAGGAUUGAUACUCAAAAACCCAUGUGCGAUCCCAUGACGUACCCAUUGCUUUUUCCGAAUGGUGACAAUGGAUGGGAUCAAAAUUUAAAACGAAGAAAUCUAAAUGAAGACCAAGAUAAUGUUUCCCAUGAUCAUGAUGAAGAACAAGAAUUAUUGGCUGAAGAAUCUAGAAUCGCAGACUUAAACGACGAAGAAGACCAGAUGCGAACUGAAAUUGUACCGGAACCAGAAUUUGAAACAGAAGUCGACAUUGAUCCUGAUGUUCCAGUACCAAUCUAUGACGUCAACCGAAGAGGACCGCGUUCCAGAAUAACUCAGUGUGAGUUUUAUAGUAGUCAACUCUCGAUACGUAAAAAGAUUUUUAAUGCGGUUUUAUACGGAGGACCGCUGUUUCAACAAUAUGUUGUUGAUGCGUACGUGAAAGUUGAGGCGAACAGGAUCCAUUACAUUGAAACGCAUCAAAAGGAUCUGCACGUCGCACAGUAUAAUGGUCUUAUGGACUAUAUUACGACGCGAGCUGAAAGAGACAACAUUACUGUAGGGACACCUGUGAUUUUACCUUCGUCUUUCAUAGGUAGUCCAAGAGCGACGAAACAAGGAUAUCAAGAUGCAAUGGCUAUUUGCAGUAGAUUUGGAAAGCCGACUUAUUUCCUCACAUUUACCUGUAAUCCAAAGUGGCAAGAGAUUACGGAGAGCAUCGAGAGCUAUCAAGUAGCAGCCAACAGACCUAACGUUGUCGCAAGAGUCUAUCAACUUAAAUUAAAAGAACUCAUCAAAGAUAUUCAAGAAAAACAAAUUUUAGGGGUUGUUGUUGCAAGAAUUCACGUAAUUGAAUUUCAAAAGCGAGGCCUACCCCAUUGCCAUAUGUUGAUAUGGAUUGAUCAACAUGACGUUCCUACAACUGAAUCUGAAAUCGACAAGACAAUUUCAGCUGAAAUUCCGGAUCCAGAAACACACCCAGAACUUCACAAAAUAAUCAUGAGCAACAUGAUUCAUGGUCCGUGUGGUACCAUUAAUCCAAACUCACCCUGCAUGGACGGUAGUAAAUGCACGAAAUCGUUUCCAAAACCUUUUUCACCAUCAACAGUCAUUAAUUCCAAUGGAUAUCCAACCUACAGAAGACGAGACACCGGUAUUUCGUAUCCUCUAAACGACAAGCCAAACUCUCCUCGAGUUGAUAACAGCUGGGUUGUUCCUUUUAAUGCUUAUCUCUCUCUGAAAUACAAUUCUCACAUCAAUUUAAAGUUUUGCGCGUCUAUUACAAGUGUCAAGUAUAUAUUUAAAUAUAUAUACAAAGGACAUGAUUGCGAAAAUAUUCAAAUUAGCAGAGCUGAAAAUCAACAAGGUCAACAGGAAAUAGUGUGGGAUGAAACCAAGCAGUUUUUGGACACAAGAUACGUGAGCGCUCCAGAAGCAUGCUGGCGACUUUUUAAGUACCCACUUUGUUACCGAUCUCACGCCGUAAGUCGAUUGGCUGUUCAUCUUCCUCAAGAACAACCUGUUUACUUCCAAGCAGGAUUUGAAGAUCGAGCAGUGUUAAAUGCAGCUUCAAAAUUAACUACUUUGACAGCUUGGUUUAAAUUAAACCAGGAUCACGAAUCGGCAAGACAGUACUACUAUCGCGAAAUUCCGAAUCAUUUCUGCUUCCAUAACAACCAACGUAAAUGGAAGCCAAGAAAGAAGAGAAUAAAUGUUAUCGGCAGAAUUUAUUCUGUUGGGGUGAAACAAGUAGAAAGACACAGUCUUCGCUUGCUUUUGCUUGAGGUAAAAGGAGCAACAAGUUUUGAAUAUCUUCGAACAGUCGACAACGUUUUGUAUCCCACAUUCAAGCAAGCGGCCAUAGCAAGAAAUCUUCUCGCUGAUGACAGUGCUUGGGAAAAAGUAAUAGAAGAAGCCGCUGCCUUUGAAAUGCCAGUGCAGUUAAGACAACUUUUUGUCGACAUAUGUUGCCACUGUCGUCCGACGAACGCGCAACUUCUUUUUAAUAACAACCUACAGCAUCUCACUGAAGACUACCAAAGAAAUGGGCAUGGAGAAGAAGUGGCCAAAAAUCUAGCGUUAAAAUGGAUUCAAGAUAAGAUAGUGCAAAAUGGUGAAAAAUAUGAAGAUUUUGAACUACCCAUACCUGAUUUCCAACUAAUUGAUAGACUUAUUUCCGCUGAAAUUGAAGAAAAUGAUGAGAAUGUCCAAAGACAAAAGAAAUUGAGAGGGGAAAUGAUGAUGGCUAAAUUAAAUGUUGGUCAACGAGCGGCAUUUGAUCAAAUAAUGACCGCAAUCAAUGAUGAAAACUCUCCUCAAUCACGUCAAUUCUUCUUAGAUGGUCCUGGUGGAACAGGGAAAACAUUUCUCUACAAUACUCUAAUCAACGUUCUUCAGGGUGAAGGAAAAAAGAUCAUUGCUGUCGCUUCAACUGGAAUCGCUUCAACACUGUUGAUUGAUGGAGCCACUUAUCAUUCUCAGUUUAAAAUUUAUCCGCCCAUCACAGAAACAACCAGAUCGAAAAUAGAAGAACACCACUUCUCGGCGAAAUUGAUAAGGGAUGCCGCACUAAUCAUCGAGGACGAAGCUACUGUUAUGACCAACCACGCUCUCAAUGCGAUUAAGCACGUCACUGAAAAAGUGACUAAGAAUAACAAGCCUUAUGGAAAUAAAGUCCUUCUCCUCGGGGGAGACUUUAGACAAUGUUUGCCAGUAGUCAAACAUGGAAAUCAGGUUAAGGUAGUUGAAGCUACCAUUAAAAACUGCGAGAGUUGGUCCACCUUUCGUCACCUUCGUUUAACAGAAAACAUGCGCACCACGGCGGGAAGUCAAGAGUACGCAAAUUGGCUGAUUGAACUGGGAAAUGGGACGUUACCAACAACAGCAAAUUUGAGUUCAGAUGUCGUUGAAAUCCCUCCUGACUUCCUGAUUACCGAAGAAUAUGCUAAGUCUUUGAAUAUCACCGGAGAUGACCAAGAUCCAAGAAUCAAUGCUUUAAUUCAUCACGUGUUCGGUGAUCCAAAGCAUCUAUUGGAUCAAGAUAUCUCUGAAGAAGUUAAUUCCCGUGCGAUAUUAUGCCCCAAGAAUGAUGAAUGUUUGAAGAUAAACAAUGCAAUAAUCAAAAACAUGCCUGGUGAGCAGUGUGUUUAUAAGAGCAUAGACACAAUCACAGGUGAUGAGGAAGAAGUUGCUAAUUUCCCAACAGAAUUCCUCAACACGUUGAAAAUAUCUGGAAUUCCACCUCAUACGUUAAAACUCAAAGUUGGUGCCAUAAUAAUGCUUCUGAAGAAUAUAGACUCAAGACGAGGACUAUGCAACGGAACAAGAUUAGUCAUCAAACAGCUCCGUCAAAACGUUAUCGUUGCAGCAAUUUCUUCUGGAAAAAAUAAAGGACUUUGUGUGUUCAUUCCAAGAAUGAACAUGUCUCCAACAGAUUCAGAUCUGCCGUUCACCUUAAAUAGACUGCAAUUCCCAGUGCUUCUCGCCUUUGCCGUAACCAUAAACAAAUCACAAGGUCAGACGUUCGAUCGUGUUGGCAUUCUUCUUCAAGAACCUGUUUUCAGCCAUGGACAAUUGUACGUUGCCUUUUCCAGAGCGACUUCAAGAGAAGGAGUCAAUGUUCGGAAGGAGUCGUGUGUCUAG